AAAACAGGCUCAGAAGAAAGGUAGUGAAACAAGCAAAGGCUAGUGACAGAGAGACAGAGAAGGAUCAAUGAAAUGACAGCAGAAAAGGAAAAGGUGGACAAAAAUCAAUGAGGAGAGCAGAAAACUCACACAGCCAAAAGAAGAGAGAGGCAGUGGAACAGAUCUUGUCAGAAUUCCAGCUACGGGAAGGGGAUCUAAAGAAAGUGAUGCGCCGGAUGCAGAAGGAAAUGGACAGAGGGCUAAAGCUAGAGACGCAUCAGGAAGCCUCUGUGAAAAUGCUGCCCACUUAUGUACGCUCUACCCCUGAGGGAUCAGAGGUUGGAGAUUUUCUGUCUUUGGAUCUUGGGGGCACCAAUUUCCGAGUUAUGCUGGUAAAAGUGGGUGAAGGUGAAGAAGGACAGUGGACUGUGAAGACAAAGCACCAGAUGUAUUCUAUCCCAGAGGAUGCAAUGACAGGAACAGCUGAAAUGCUCUUUGAUUAUAUCUCAGAAUGCAUUUCUGACUUCCUAGACAAACAUCAAAUGAAACAUAAAAAGCUACCUCUGGGCUUCACUUUUUCCUUCCCUGUUCGGCAUGAAGACAUCGACAAGGGGAUCCUACUAAACUGGACUAAAGGCUUCAAAGCAUCAGGAGCUGAAGGGAACAAUGUAGUGGGGCUUUUGAGAGAUGCUAUCAAACGGCGAGGGGACUUUGAAAUGGACGUGGUUGCAAUGGUCAAUGACACAGUGGCAACAAUGAUAUCCUGCUACUAUGAGGAUCACCGAUGUGAAGUUGGCAUGAUAGUGGGCACAGGCUGCAACGCUUGUUACAUGGAGGAGAUGCAGAACGUAGAGCUGGUGGAAGGGAAUGAAGGCCGGAUGUGUGUAAACACUGAGUGGGGAGCCUUUGGGGCAUCUGGAGAGCUGGAUGAGUUCCUUUUGGAGUAUGAUCGUGUGGUGGACGAGAUGUCGCUUAACCCCGGUCAGCAGCUGUAUGAGAAGAUCAUAGGAGGGAAGUACAUGGGUGAAAUUGCACGACUAGUUCUGCUAAAACUUGUCAAUGAAAACUUGCUCUUCAAUGGAGAAGCCUCAGAGAAGCUGAAAACCAAAGGAUCAUUUGAAACGCGUUUUAUUUCCCAAGUUGAAAGUGACCCUGGUGACCGCAAGCAGAUCUACAAUAUUUUGACAUCCUUUGGGCUUUUGCCCUCAGCAAUAGAUUGUGACAUUGUUCGUAUGGUGUGUGAGAGAGUCUCAACACGAGCUGCACAGAUGUGCUCAGCGGGACUGGCUGGUGUCAUUAAUCGCAUGAGGGAUAGCAGAAGUGAGGAGAUACUGAAGAUCACAGUGGGCGUUGAUGGUUCAGUCUACAAGCUCCAUCCCAGCUUCAAAGACCGGUUCCAUGCAACAGUCAGACAACUUACACCAGGCUGUGACAUUACAUUCCUGCAGUCAGAAGAAGGCAGCGGCCGAGGGGCAGCUCUCAUCUCUGCAGUAGCAUGCAAAAUGGCCUGCAUGAUCAGCCAGUGAACUGGCACCGGCUAAAGACUAUGGAAGGGAAGGCACCUGCCUGGGACAUGCCUCUUCUAUCCAGGGGCCAGACUGAGUUGUUUUAGACGGUGCCAAGGAGCUGAACCAGCAGAAGAAAGGUUCUCCUGGGGGGGGAUGUGGGGAAUGGAGUGACACUGGGUUUCUCCUAACCUCUGCUAGUAGAUGAUUCAAUAACCAUUCAAAACCGCCGCCUCUCCUUUCUGUUCUUAAAACCUUCUCCACUACUACAAGGUCUGUGGGGACUUCAGUUUACAUAAGAAGCUGUUUAACAUAGUUCA